AUGCCUUCUGGUUCGAAGACCUCACUAGGGUCUCUCAUCUUCAGCUUAGACAACCUUCCCACCUUUUAUGUUACCGAGAUCGAAACAAUGGAUUCGGAUGAUGAGCAGUGCCUCAGCCGUAAACUAAGGUGUUCCGCGAUUGGCGAUUUCCUCAAGACGAAGAAUUUCUUUUUUCCCUAUGCGGUCAACCAUAACGCCAAAAGAAACCAGCUCAACCCAAGUCCUUUCUACAAUAAAGACAACAAAGGCCCAAUUGACUAUCUUAUCAUCCCGUGUCAAACUAAAGGUGACCUUGAGACGUGGGUACAGAACUCUCUAGAACAUCACAAUAGUGGGGUUAAGCUCCAUGACAAGGAAGCCCGGCGAGAUCUCACAGGAGAGCUCCAGUACCGUGCCAUAUAUUGCCGGUUCAAGUCAGGAGCACGCAUCGUGUCGCCAAACGCCACUGAUGACAUGGAGCGGAAACUUUACGCCCGCUGCUUAGACACGUUUGUUUGUACCCGGGUCAAUAAACGCAAAGACUGGGUCAAUGGCACCAACCCGGCUAAUAAAGACUGGAUUCUAGACAAGAGCCUAGGCUCUAUUGAUCCCGUUCUGAAAACGAAGGGCCUCGCACAAUACUGUUCCGUUCGCACACAUGCUGAGCCAGUGCUCAACUUGGAUGCGAAGGAACUCCACUUGAAACUUGACCUAGCUCUCUGUCUCGAUAAGUCCAUAGAAGCUCCUGACCUUCUUUUUGAAUAUCUAGGAAACAAUGUCUUGGGUUCCAUUUCCGCUGAACAACUCUCGCUCAUCAAAGGCGUCUUGGUUGGUCUGGAAGUCAGAUAUCUGGACCCUCAGAAGAAUACUUAUUCGGACACCGAUAAGCCGAAUGGUAUUAUUCAAACAGCCCCAAGGACGUCUCAGCGGCUCUCAGUGAGUCGUACUCUGAGGAAAACACCUUCCAUUGCAACGUUCGGCCGCACGCCUGUCCAACCGAUAUACAACUUAGCGCGACCGGAUACACCAGUCGAGGUAGAGUACCAAAGUAGCAAGCAAGAUCAGAGUACUACCCAAAAGGUUGCCACCUACAGGAUACAGGACAUAAGAAGCUCUGUCGAGGUGUCUAGGUUUCUACCACAACGAGCAAAGGCAGACGGUACUUUCUCGAUAUCUGAGGACACGGAGGAAAAGCCGAUUUCAGUCGCUGCCUACUUUGAAACCUUCAAGAAUUCAAAGUUGAAGUAUCCUAACCUACCUCUUGUCAAGGUGCGUCACGAUACGUGGAUUCCAUUGGAGUUCUUGGAGGUUAUUAAAGGGCAGGCUUUGCGAAACACUGGUCACUUGACGGACUUCGUAAAGAUGGCUUCCCUGAAUUUUGCAGACUUGAAUCAACACCAGAACGACAGCUUCGCUGCAAUAGACGAGGAAGAGAACCCACAUCUAAAAGGACAGGCGCAGGAACGACUCCCCAUAUUCAAGCGAGGCCCUCUCAACUUUGUUAGUCCGGCAAAAGUUCACACACGACCUACCCCUAAGAGUUCAGAAGCGGAAUCUAAGAGCCCUGAACGAUUAGAGAGCGAACCAGUCCAAGCUCGUUUGAUUUACAUUCCUUCAAAUAGCGCUGACACGGCAGAAAGCGAGAGUUUUCUCACGUUUGUUGCUCGAGGAUUACAUCAGGCGACUGGCUCUGAGAGCUCUGCCAUCAAAUUUUCCAAACCGAAAACGACGCUCAUUGAGGUGGAGAAGCCUUUGUUACUUGAACGUUUUAUGAAUUCUGAGGAAGCUAACGACGUCCUCAUUGUCGUUGUAGAUCAUUCCGGACGUACGAAAGGUGCUGUGGACCAAAUUAGGGCAGAGGUUCACAGAUACGCAGAACAGAUUAUGGGCUGCAUAGCUGUCUGUAUCUCUAAGCAAGACCUUGAGAGAUCUUUUCAUACGAAUGUUCCAAUAGAGAGGAAAACCUACGCUAAGCACUCGUACUUUCCGAAGGGUUUGCUUCGGAAGAUCAAUCUCAUGCUUGGUGGAACUAAUUACAAGUCGGCACUCGAAACUGAGCCCUUGGAAGCACUUUCAACACAAAUGCGAGACAUUGCCAAAGAAGCAGGCAAGGCUAUCUCGCACGCAGAUUCUGUCGGCAAUGCUAUGAUCUUUGGUGCCCAUGUUUCACACCCCGGCUCCAUAGCUGGAGUAAGCUGUCCUUCUGUUGCAGCAGUUGUCGCGACAGAUAACAACACUGUGCACUAUUUGGGAGCUGCUCGUGUGCAACCGACAGUGAGAGAGACCACGCAGCGCCGAGGGUACGGAGGCGACAAGCCUGGUAUUAAGCACUCCAUGCAGUCCCGUAUUCUGGGCCUGAAGUCAAUGAUCCGAGAGAGACUGUUGAACUCAAGUGACCCGAGCCCUUCAGUCAUUUUCUUUCGACAUGGCCUUGACCCCAACUUAGAAAGUGGGGUGAUUGAAAAAGAGAAAGCCGAUAUCAAAGAAGCAUUUGAAGACUACUUUGAUCCAAAGCCCAUCAAGUUGACUUAUAUUGUGGUCACUAACAAUAGCUUUGUUGUACCAACCGAUCAACUAGUCGUCUCAUCUGGUUUCGCUAUCGAGCAGACCAGCAAGCCAAAAUAUUGGUAUUCAAUUGAAGGAGACGAUUUGGAGAUUCCGACACGGUUAUUAAGGGGCCUGGUCAAGCGCCUCAACCAAAGGAAUCAGCUCGGUGCCGAGGUUUCGAUCGCCCUACCCAUCCAUUUCGCACAGAAACUAGCCAGACGCGUCUUUGACUACUUUCACUUCUACGCAACGGACUCAGCUAGUCUCGUCCCGUCUAUCCUUGGACCAACUUCUUACAAGGAACGGAAAGACGGGUACAUAACGGACCGGGCAAUAAAACAAAUCAUUGAGAAUCAGAUUUACUCGAGAGGACACGCUGGUGCCGUUGUAAGCGACGAAGAAGUCGCAGACCAAGGAAGUACCCAAAAUGACCCUGGAGAUGAAUCACCCAAAAAUGAAAGUAUCAACGGAGAAAAGAAAGGAGACACAGAGGAUACAGAGGUUGAGCAACAUGAGAAAGCAGAGAUCGGAAUCAUCAACUCCAUUGUUGAGUCUCCAUGGAAGAGAAACCUAUCGAAUCAGAUGUUCUACCUCUGA